AUGGAUCUCUCCAACAUCUUCCGAAUCGUUAACAUCGUCGUUGGUGUGCUCAUGGUCCUGGGUGGUAUUUCCCAGUUCUUCCCUGCGUCCAUGAGCUCCAUCAUUGUCGGCGUCUAUGUGAUUAUUUUUGGUCUUCUUGUUGGUGGAUUGGAAUUCCUGCCCAACGUCCCCGACUACGUCUACCGCUACGCGUCCUUCCUUUUCUCCUUCCUGGGACGCGGUGGCUUCUACAUCUUCGUCGGGUCGAUCAUGUUGCACGACAACGUCCUGCGCUAUAUUGCGGGCUCCAUCGUCGGCUUCAUCGGUCUGGGGUACAUUGCCCUGGAGUUCAUUCCCUCCAUCGAGCCUCCGUCCAACAUGCGCGAGACCGACCAGGGUUGGGGCGCUGAGCAGGUUUAA